AUGCCAAAGCGCAAGCUUUCCGAGUUCAACGGUCCCGCAUCGUCGGACACUCGUAAGCUUUCGAUGAAAGCCGCGCGAAUGACGAACAAAUUUGAACAAAGCGUGGAAAUUAUAAUCAAAGCGAUGAAGACCGCCCGAGGAUUCGAGAGACAAAAGCUUAGCCGCCGAGAGAAAGCUGCUAGGAAACCAUACGACUCAGUGACCCUCGCGCGAUUGGCAGAGGAAGUGGAGGCACUAAAGAAACUCAAUUACCAGAAUACUGCCGAGCGAUACCUGUAUAAGCAGCUUUCCAAGCAAAAGCGCAUUGCAGAGAACCCGAUCUUCCAGGAAUUCAUAGGGGCAAAGAAUGUUUCCAUGCAAGGACCUCAGAGCGCCGCAGAAUCCAAUAUCAUUGCGCGACUGUUCAAAUCCAACCCGGUCACGAAUGUCGUGAAGACUAUUUUGACUGAGAUUCGGAAAUUGCUGGGCGUUGAGGACUUGCCUGCUGGAAAGCAGGACAAGACUAAGGCCAAGGAUGCGACCACGAAAGAGAAGGCUGAGAAGCCCGCGCGCAAGCAAAAACAGGAGUCUGUGUCAGGGUCUGAGUCUGAAGACGACGGAAAGCGGGCUUCCCGUGCUGAAGCAAUGGAUAUUUCGGGUGAUGAAUCCGGGGUGGAAGAUUUCUCUGAAUUUGAUACACGGUUAGCCCCAGGCUCUGGCUCCGAAGGGGAGGAGUCAGAUGAGGAUGAGGAUGACGCAAACGACGACCGGGUUGCAGACGACAUCUCCGACUCUGUAUUCUCUCGUUCGCCAUCUCCCGACUUCUCUGCAGAAGAAUCAGUCUCUUCACCACCACCUAAAAAGACCAAGGCUAGCAAGGCCCCAGUACAGACCACGACAUUCCUUCCAUCUCUCAUGAAUGGCGGCUACUGGUCUGGCUCAGAAGAAGAAGCAACAGAUGACGAAGCUGCCGCGGCCGCUGCUCCCCCGAAGCGCAAAAACCGCAUGGGUCAACAAGCGCGUCGUGCAUUAUGGGAAAAGAAGUUCGGUGAAAAGGCGAAUCACGUGCUGGCAGAGCAGCAAAAUCAAAAACGCAAUAGAGAUAGCGGGUGGGAUACUAAGAGGGGAGCAACUGGUGCUGCGGGCGGUGCUAGAGGUGCCCGGGGUGGUCGUGGUGGAUACGGAAGUGAAACUGCGCGGCCGCAAAACCGAUCAGAACGUCGCGCCGCUGGCGAUUUCUCUACCCACAAGAAUAAGGCGCCUGAGGAUACGGGACCUCUUCAUCCUUCUUGGGAAGCAAAGAAGAAGCAAAAGGAACAGGCUGCCGCUGUCUUCUCAGGAAAGAAGGUUACAUUCGACUAG